CGUCACUUUUGUGCGUCCCUCACUCUGGGGCGUUUGAGUUUCCGGGCUUGUUUGAACUAUGCCGAAAGUAGUCUCCAGGUCGGUAGUCUGCUCCGACACCCGGGACAGGGAGGAAUACGACGAUGGCGAGAAGCCUCUCCACGUUUACUACUGUUUGUGCGGCCAGAUGGUUUUGGUGCUGGACUGUCAGUUAGAGAAGUUACCCAUGAGGCCCCGGGAUCGGUCUCGUGUGAUUGAUGCUGCCAAACACGCCCAUAAGUUUUGUAAUACAGAAGAUGAGGAAACUGUGUAUCUCCGGAGGCCUGAAGGCAUUGAACGACAGUACAGGAAGAAGUGUGCAAAGUGUGGAUUACCACUCUUCUACCAGUCCCAGCCCAAGAACGCUCCUGUCACCUUCAUCGUGGAUGGAGCAGUGGUCAAGUUUGGCCAGGGUUUUGGGAAAACGAAUAUAUAUACUCAGAAACAAGAGCCUCCCAAGAAGGUGAUGAUGACCAGACGGACUAAAGACAUGGGCAAGUUCAGCUCUGUCACUGUGUCUACCAUUGAUGAAGAGGAAGAGGAGAUUGAGGCUAGGGAAGUUGCUGACUCAUAUGCACAGAAUGCCAAAGUGAUUGAGAAGCAGCUGGAGCGCAAAGGCAUGAGCAAGAGGCGGCUGCAAGAGCUGGCUGAACUGGAAGCUAAGAAAGCUAAGAUGAAGGGGACCUUGAUUGACAACCAGUUCAAGUGACCAGGGUCUUUCACCAAGCUCAUACUGAAGGCAAGCACUUCAGGCAGGAGGAAAAAGGGCUUUUUCUUGACGACAUGGACUGGUUCCUACCUUCACGCCCCAGCCGAAGGCUUCACAGUGCUUCCUGUUGAUUCUUCUCCAUUCCGUGAGGUCUUCAGCUGAGUCCAUUUAACCUGCUUCCAGCUAGAGAGGGUGGGUAAGAGUACUAUUCUAGCAGAUGGCUUUUUCUAAAUCUUUCUGUAUAUAGGUUUUCUGUACUGUUGUUUGUCUGCUGGGCAUUUGAUUGAAACUUCUUCAGCCAUGUAGAAACUAUAUGAAUAAAUCACUGUUUGAGUGUUUCUAGUU